CUUUGUUGGCCCCCCAAACUUCUUGAGUCAUUUCACAGAUCUAAGAUCAGUUUUCUUUCGUUUGCAGUUUUCAACACUUACCGUCCGAUCCCGGCUAUGGAGAGCCAAAAGAAAGCGGCCGAGAUGUAUGCGCAAAUUCAGAACGUCUUUUGGCAUCAGCUGGCGGUAGCUGGUAUACCCGCCACUUCCCCCAUGUCGCUAUCACACUCCGGCCAACCCUGCUACGGAUUCGCAUCGUGGACCGACCCCGCUUUACCCGCAAACAUGCCGGAGGAACCCGCCUCCCAUCCUCUCAAGACGCGCAAACGCCGAGCAAACCUCAACAACAACCACAUCAAGCCCUCAAAGUCGCCGAUGCCCAGCUGGGACCCUGUGGAGGAGUUCAGCAGCAAAAGCACUGCGGCCCACUCGCCCGUAAACAGCCUGUCGCCUCAAUCGGGCAGCGAGCAAAAAGACGCCAGCAAAGACAAGCAGUUCACCUGCCUGGUGUGCAACCGCUCCUUUGGAUACAAGCACGUGCUGCAGAACCACGAGCGAACCCACACGGGCGAGAAGCCCUUCCAGUGCACCGAGUGCAAGAAGAAGUUCACCAGGGAUCACCAUCUCAAAACCCAUAUGCGCCUGCAUACGGGAGAACGACCCUACCGGUGUGAUCAUUGUGACAAGUUGUUUGUGCAAGUGGCGAAUUUGCGCAGACAUGUUAGGACGCAUACUGGCGAACGGCCCUAUUCGUGCAAACAUUGUGCAUCGAAGUUUUCGGACACAAACCAAUUGAAGGCGCACCUUCUGAUCCAUAACGGGGAGCGACCCUUCUACUGUGAGCUGUGCCACGGGCGGUUCAAGAGGAGGCACCACGCCGCCCAACACAAGUGCCCCGCCAUCAAGGCAGAGAGCACCGCCCCUGAAGGGCCCAAAGCCGCCACCAGCCCCGAGCCGACUGUCUCCACUGCGAACGUGAGGCGGUUGCACCCGCCAAUUGAUCCCAUCAUCAGCUCGCCGCUGGAAAUUCAGCAACCCGAACAAACUGAACCAGAGGACUUGAGCAUGAGCACCGGAAUGACGUCGGGUAGCAGUGGAAUUGGCUCGCCAAUGAGCAGAAGCCACAGUUCGAAGGAAGAUUGCGAAGAACUGAGGACUGAGGAUGAGGACCUGUAUAAUAAUGAGUCAUCUUGACUGAUUUGCCCCAACAUUUGCCUGGAAAACAAGUUGGUUUAGCAUGUUAUGAAUGUAAUCUUUUGAUAGAAGGAGAGUGGAUGUAUGGUGGGUAGAGUUGGGCUUUAGACCCAU